AUGGAUUUUGCACACUUUUGCGGAUGGGCAUAUGCGAUAUUCUGGGGAAUAUCCUUUUAUCCGACGCUCUACUUGAAUUACACUUUGAAAACAUCGGAUUCCAUCUCUUUGGACUACAUAGUGCUAAACAUAUUAGGUUAUUUCUGUUAUUGUAUUUCAAUGUAUCUCCAACUAUACAAUGCUGAUGUAAGGACACAGUAUCAAGGAUACUUUGAGGGGAAAUUGCCGCUGUUAUCCAAUGCAGAUCUCUUUUAUUCAUUUCAUGGGAUGGCAUUAUUGCUUGUGCUAGCUUCACAAAUUUUUUGCGGCAACACUAUUUGGAAAUUUAAAAAUGAACGAAAGAGUUUCAAAAUACAUACCUUAAGUAAAAUGGUAUUGAUGUUGUUUCUAGUCUUUGCAAUUUUCAGUUGGAAACUUGGUGAUCCCGUGUUUGCCUUACUUAACUUUGCAAUGAAUUUGGCCUACUUCAAGAUCAUCAUCAGUUUGAUCAAAUACAUCCCACAGGUAUUGCACAAUUACAGAAGAAAGUCCAUGUUUGGGAUAUCCCGGCUCCAGAUCAUCUUCGAUAUCACGGGCUCAUUUUUCUCGUUUGCUGAAUUUUACUUGAAGAGUGAUAUACCCAUCGUCGAGGCAAUAGAUGCAAAUAGAGGCAAGGUAGGGAUCACGUGUGUGACAUCAUUAUUUGCUACAAUAUUUCUUUACCAGAUGUAUAUCUAUGGGACUUCAAGGUCAGAGCAGAGAUUAAAAGAAAAACAUUAUGAUUUAGCUUAA